AUGAGCCUGUCCUGUCCUCGAGCCUGUGCUGACCCUCCUCUCUCUGCAGGAGACCGAGGGGAGAAGGGCGCUCGUGGAGAGAAAGGAGCGUCGUGGGAAGCUGAGCGAUGUGACACAGGACCUCGGAGCUGCAGGGAGCUGGGCACCAGGGGCCACACCCUGAGCGGCUGGCACACCAUCUACCUGCCCGACUGCCGGCCGCUGACCGUGCUGUGCGACAUGGACACGGACGGCGGGGGCUGGACCGUGAUCCAGCGCAGGGUGGACGGCUCCGUGGACUUCUACCGGGACUGGGCCGCCUACAAGCGGGGCUUCGGCAGCCAGCUGGGCGAGUUCUGGCUGGGCAACGACCACAUCCACGCCCUGACCGCCCAGGGCACCUACGAGCUCCGUGUGGACCUGGUGGACUUCCAGGGCAACCGCUACUUUGCCAAGUACCAGUCGUUCAGGGUGGGGAGCGAGGCCGAGAAGUACAAGCUGGUCCUGGGCGCCUUUACUGGAGGCAACGCCGGUGACUCCCUGACCCAACACAACAACUCCCUGUUCUCCACCAAAGACCAGGACAACGACGGGACCUCCGAGAACUACGCUGAGAAAUACCAGGGCGCCUGGUGGUUCUACAGCUCCCACUGGUCCGACCUGAACGGGCGUCACCUCGGGGGCUCCGCCGGGAGCUCUGGGAACGGCAUCUACUGGUGGUCAGCGCAGACGAACUACUACAGCUACAAGGUGGCCGAGAUGAAGAUGCGGCCCUUGUAGGGCGGUUGGCGGUC